CUGCCCUGAAGCUUAAGAGGAGCUAUGAGUGGCAGGGUUAACCCUAACCCUAUGAGUGGCAGGGUUAACCCUAACCCUAUGAGGGGCGUUCUGAAGAGGAGGUUGGAGGAGGUGGAGGCGUCCCCAUCCCCCCGCUCCUCCAUCAGGGAGUCCGAUGAGGAGCUGUCCUCGGAGAGCGACGACAGCGCUGACAGCCUGAACCCGUCCGCCUUGGGACCCGUCGUCCCUGACUCUGUAUUGAAGAGGGGGAAACGCCGCCGCACCAGAAGGGUCCAUUUUGAGAAUGUAACAGUGUACUACUUUGGCCGCAGGCAGGGGUUCACCAGCGUUCCCAGUCAGGGGGGCAGCACGCUGGGUAUGUCCAGCACACACAGCUGGGUGAGGCAGUACUCGCUGGGGGAGUUCGCCCUGGAACAAGAGAGACUACAUCGGGACAUGCUCCGGAACCACCUGAAGGAGGAGAGGGUCAACUCAAUCAAACACAAGCUGAGCCAGGGCGGCUGGGGGGGGUCGGAGGAGGCCCAGGCGCUGGCGGCGGAGGACAUCUCAGAUGAGGACCUGGACAGCACGGAGGUGGACGAGUACUUCUUCCUGCAGCCCUUGACCACCAAGAAGAGGAGGGCUCUGCUGCGCUCCUCAGGGGUCAAGAAGAUCGCCGUGGAGGAGAAGCACGAGCUGCGGGCCGUCCGCACAUCGCGGGAGGACUGCGGCUGCGACUGCAGGGCGUUCUGCGACCCUGAGACCUGCGCAUGCAGCGCGGCCGGGAUCAAGUGCCAGGUGGACCGCCUGGCCUUCCCCUGCGGCUGCACCCAGGAGGGCUGCAGCAACACCGCCGGCCGGCUGGAGUUCAGCCCCCUCCGGGUGCGGACCCACUUCCUGCACACCAUUAUGAAGCUGGAACUGGAGAAGAGCCGUGAGCAGCAGCAGCAGCCUCCCACUGGCAACGGUUACCACGGUGAGAACGGAAUGGGCAGCGGCAGCGCCCGGGUCCAGUCUCAGCACGGCCUGGAGUACGGCCAGUCGGACGCCCUUCCCCAGGGCCCCCUCAUGCACCUGCAGACCCCCAGAGAGAUGGACCAGCACCUGGAGGAUGAAGAGGAGGAGGAGGAGGAUGAUGAAGACGAGGAGGAGGAGAAUGAGGAAGAUGAGGAGGACGAAGUGGACAGCAGCAGUGUGUGCAGUGAAAUCUCCGACUCCAGCACACAGAGCUUGGCUAACAGUGACUCUGAGGAGGAUGAGGACAACCAGGAUGAUGAAGAUGAAGAAAAGGGGGUGAUCUUCAAGAGCAGGGCCAUACCCCAUGUGUCCCCGCCGACCACCGCCUUGGGCUCCACAGAGGACUCUGGCGCUCAAGACAUGAACGGGAAUAGGUGCUUGCCAGACUCGUCCCCUGGAGAGGUUCAGUUGGAGAGCUCCAGCAGCACAAUGGCCCCCAGCUCAGCCUGCCAACACCCUGACCCCCCGGAGAGAGAGCGCCCCACCUCCCAGGACCCACUGGGCAGAGUCCACACGCUGGGCGGAGUCCACACACUGGGCAGAGUCAACACACUGGGCGGAGUCCACACGCUGGGCGGAGUCCACACGCUGGGAGGAGUCCACACGCUGGGCGGAGUCAACACGCUGAGCGGAGUCAACACGCUGAGCGGAGUCAACACGCUGAGCGGAGUCCACACGCUGGGCGGAGUCAACACGCUGGGCGGAGUCAACACGCUGAGCGGAGUCCACACGCUGGGCAGAGUCAACACACUGGGCGGAGUCCACACGCUGGGCGGAGUCCACACACUGGGCGGAGUCCACACGCUGGGCGGAGUCCACACGCUGGGCGGAGUCCACACACUGGGUGGAGUCCACACACUGGGCGGGGUCAACACACUGGGCAGAGUCAACAAACUGGGCGGAGUCCACACACUGGGCGGAGUCAACACACUGGAUGGAGUCAACACACUGGACGGAGUCAACACGCUGGGUGAAGUCCACACACUGGACGGAGUCAACACACUGGGCGGAGUCAACACACUGGACGAAGUCAACACACUGGGCGGAGUCCACACGCUGGGCGGAGUCCACACGCUGGGCGGAGUCCACACGCUGGGCGGAGUCAACACACUGGGGGGGGUCAACACACUGGGCAGAGUCAACAAACUGGGCGGAGUCCACACACUGGGCGGAGUCAACACACUGGAUGGAGUCAACACACUGGGCGGAGUCAACACGCUGGGUGAAGUCCACACACUGGACGGAGUCAACACACUGGGCGGAGUCAACACACUGGACGAAGUCAACACACUGGGCGGAGUCAACACGCUGGGCGGAGUCCACACGCUGGGCGGAGUCCACACGCUGGGCGGAGUCAACACGCUGGGCGGAGUCCACACCCAGGACAGGCAGCAGGCCUCGUCCCGUGGGCUAGCGCUGGAGCGCUACAUGGCUGGUCCCCAGCCCCCCCUGCCCCCCAGCCCCCCCUGA